UUAGACCUUUACUUCAUUCUUUACCAUCCUUUUUAAUUUUUCUUUGUGUACCUAAUAAUUUAUUUACAUUUCCAUAGUUUACAGUCUAGAACCAUUAAAAUUUUUAGUUUACUUAAUUAAAGAUAUAAGUUUAAUUAGCUACUAAUACCCCACAUAUAGAUAACAGCUGGUGUUUAUUCACGUUGAUCGUGUACACAAGUGAAAAGUGUUGUAUAUUCAAAGUUGAAAAGAAUACAUUACAAACAAUUUAGUUGGUAGAAUGUCUGAUAGUGGAGAGAAUGAUGCUUCUUGGACUCUUUAUAAAGAUCGACCUGAAUGGCGGGACGUAAAGCCGGUUCCGGAGGACGAUGGACCUUCACCAGUUGUAGUCAUCGCUCACUCUGAAAAAUUUGAAGAUGUAUACAACUAUUUCCGUGCCAUACUUCAAAAUAAUGAAAAGUCUGAGCGAGCACUGGAUUUGACUAAAGAUGCCGUUGAAUUGAAUCCUGCUAAUUACACAGUGUGGCAGUAUAGGAGGGAUCUAUUGCAGGCCUUGGGAACAGAUUUGAGAAUUGAGUUAGAUUAUGUAGAAGCUAUCAUAAAACAUUCACCAAAAAACUACCAGGUAUGGCAUCACAGAAGAGUGCUGGUAGAGUGGCUGCAAGAUCCAUCGCUGGAGUUAGAGCUCACAGGGGAUGCACUAUUACAGGACCCCAAAAACUAUCAUGCCUGGCAACAUAGGCAAUGGGUUAUGAAAACAUUUGGCUUAUUCGAUAAAGAAAUGGAAUUUGUAGACAGUUUAAUUAAUGAAGAUGUCCGUAAUAACUCUGCAUGGAAUCAGCGGUACUUUGUGAUGAAUAAUCAUAUUGGUUGGUCUGAUUUGAAUGUACAAAAGGAAAUAUGUUAUGCAUUGGAAAAAAUUAAAUUUGUAAAGAAUAAUGAGAGCUCAUGGAAUUACCUGAGAGGUGUCUGUUUCCAUGAUAAAAGAGGGGUCCAUGGGAAUGCAGUGGUGACGUCAUUUUGUGAGGAAUUACAUAAAACCAAAUGUCGAUCUCCAUAUUUAUUAGCAUUUAUUAUUGAUAUGUGUGAAGAAGCCAUAAAGAAAGCUGAAACCAAUAGUUUUCAUAAUGCUGAUAGAGCAAUCUUACUUUGUCACGAUUUAGCAACAAAAUAUGAUAAAAUCAGAAGUAAAUAUUGGACUUACGUUUCGGAUAAAUUCAAGAAAAUCCAGAAAGCGCAAAGUGAAAUAGAAAACCAUGAAAAUAAUAUUGAAGAUUAAAUUUAUCUCAUUAGUUUGCUAGAAAAAGAAAGACAAACUAAACAACUUCUAUUUUAAUAUAUUUUCAAUCCUUAUUCGAAUUCCUGUAGUAAGCAUAUAAAGUGAAAGCUAACAAAAGUGCAAUACUGACAAACCACUUAAUCCUAGUGUUGUUAUUUCUGAUGUUUUUUAUAAAUCGAAACCAAAAUGCACAUUUAUGAAUAUUGGACACGAUUUUUUGUGUUAUCACGAGCAUUGUUUUUAUCUGAAUGUUACAACAAAGUUA